UUCGUUAUGAGUUUUGACGAUCACGAAUUAUCACAUUGUAAAUAUGUUGUAUGCGAUACAUAUUCACCCUCGUCACUUUCUUACCUAAUCAUUAUUGUACUCCCUUAGGUUCUGUUGUGAGUAACAAUACGUAUAUAUGCAUAUACAUAUAUUUAUGUUAACAGAUCAUUAUAUAUUCAGGUUAUCUAUUAUUCAUCGCUUGGUGUCGGUUGUCUCCCUGGAUUAAACUGUUUGACACCGUUCGUGAUCAAGUCAUUGACGUAACUUCAUGCUGUGCCAUAGUUAGGUAAAGAUGGAUUUAACUUUUGUUCCCGUUCCUAGUCCACAUAUCGCCGACUAUAUCGUUAUUGCCGUUUUUCUAUGUAUCUGUAUGGGGAUCGGCGUUUACUAUGGUUACCAGACCAAUAAGACACCAACAUUGGAUAACUAUUUCCUUGGAAACCGACGUCUUUUACUUUUACCGGUGGCAAUGUCCCUUUUUGUGACUUUUGCAUCAGCGAUUUCACUCAUGGGCACUCCAGCCGAAAUAUAUGUCUACGGAAUUCGCGGGGUGUACAUAGGUAUCGGUUAUACCUUUUCUGUGAUGAUAGCGAGUAUCACCGUAGUUCCUCUACUCUAUCCGCUACGACUCACCAGUACAUACGAGUAUCUUCAACUUCGGUUUCGUUCAAAAGGCGUACGUACGUUGGGGACAAUGAUUGGGAUGCUGCAAACGGUUGCCUAUAUGGGAGUGACACUAUAUGCUCCAGGGUUGGCACUUCAAACAGUUGCUGGAAUACCUCUGUGGCUCUCUAUCGUUGUUAUCGGGCUCGUUGGCACCAUAUAUACAGCAAUCGGAGGAAUCAAGAGUGUAGUUUGGACGGACGCGUUCCAGUUCGUUAUGAUAUUUACAGGAUUGGCAGCAGUUACCAUAAAGGGUAGCAUUCUCAUGGGGACACGUUACUCUGUGGUAGGGAUAGCGACUGAGGGGAAAAGACUUGAGAUAUUUAACUUUGACCUGGAUCCUAGAACUCGCCAUACCAUAUGGGGAACUUGUAUAGGCGUUACCUUUACUAUGCUUCCGAACUGGUGUAACCAGUCCAGUAUUCAAAGGGUCUCGUCUCUUCGCAGUGUUAGGGCUGCUAAAAUAGUAUUUUGGCUUCUGGGACCUAUGGCCAUUGUCUACUUCGUGUUUCUCGGAUAUUUGGGAAUUCUCUUAUACUCGUAUUACAACGCUUUGGAAUGUGACCCUGUCCAAGCCGGAUUCCUCAGCAACUUUAAUCAGUUGAUGCCUUAUUUCGUGCUUGAUGUAAUGCGGUCACUGCCCGGUUUAUCUGGUAUCUACAUCAGCUGUUUGUUUAGUGGCGCUCUCAGCACGCUUUCGUCUGGAAUCAACGCUUUAGCUGCUAAUACUGUGGAAGAUAUUCUAGGAGACUGCGUUAAAAAGUCGAAAAUAGUUUCACAGACAUUUGCAGCAAAGAUAUUCGUGUUUUCGUACGGACUGGUAGUCAUUGGAUUGGCCUACGCCAUUAACUCAAUGUCUGGAUCCAUCACUCAGAUGGCCCUUUCAGUAUUUGGGGCGUGUGGAGGACCUUUGGCCGGACUCUUCUUUCUUGGAGGAAUGAUACCGAAAGCUAACUGGAUAGGAGCCAUGGUCGGCAGCUUGACGGCUCUUGCUUUCAACAUGUGGAUCACAGUAGGGUCACAAAUGUACGGUGCGAAACCUGUAAAAUUAACCCAGAACCCUACGAGUGGAUGUUUCCCAAACAACCUAGUAGUUACAAUGAACGACACUUCGAUGUACAGUUAUAACAGUACAAUGAACACCACUCCGUUCGGCGACGCUGGACACUCAAGCAUGUCAUCAAACGGUGUUAUCGCUCCGGAUGAAGCAUUUUUCCUGUACAAUGUGUCCUACGUAUGGUAUGGUUUGAUUGGAUUCUGCCUAACACUGAUCAUUGGCAUCGUCGUGAGCUGGUUAACGGGUGGUGAUCGCGGAGAGCCUGUGGAAGCCCGUCUGAUCUUCCCAAUUUGUAGAAAGAUAUGCUGUCUGAAAUCAAAAUAUGUUUAUGAAGUUGCUGAGAUCAAUGAGAAGAACAUGCAUCCGAUUACGUUUGAAGCCAAGGGACCACCCAUCUAUUUCCAGCCUUACGAUGACGAAGGCACAUCUACGUUUUAGCGACAAGUAGCAACUGCCUCUGGUUAAUCCGGGUACAAAAAGCGCGAAGAGUCUUGAUUGUGAAUAUCAACA